AUCGCUGCCACUCGAAAAGACACAUUCAACCUACUGCUGCUACUGUUCGUGCGCUAACCGUGUGUAUAGGCGGUGCUAAAUGGGGGGUAUACAGUCGGCCAACGUUGACCGGGAAAACGACGACGCCGACGAGGAAAGUUCAACCAACGCGACAGUCGACGGUGGUCGAGAGGUGCCGGCGGCAGGAGCAGAAGUGCCGCUGGGUGUAGGAAAAACAUUCAGCUCCGUGGCAAAUGGUUGUGAAACAACGCUGCCGGAUGAAGGCACUGACAGCGCGACCGAUGCAGCGCCUCCAUCGACGCCCUACGUGGUGGUGGUCGAGUCCAACAAAGCAAAUGGCGACGACGGUAUAGUGGCGGAGAGUGACGACGACGACGAAGAUAUGUUGGCAAAGUGUCGUGCCCGGAAAAUGACGACCGAAUUGGCCGCCUUCCGGGCCAACUUGCAGCAGAAGCGGGGCGUUCAUCUGUCAAAGCUAGUCCAGGUGCGGGAAGAAUUGGAGCAGCUACGGGCAGCGCUGGCGGAGGAAAAGAGCCGCAACCGGGCCCUGAUCAAGUACAUCCAGCAGCAGCAGGAGCAAGAGAAUCCACAAGAGAAAGCGCAUCCCCCGGAAGCUAGUGCACCGCCGACCGUGCCCGAUGACAGUUGCAGUUCGUUGAACCUUGCCUGUCAAGCCGGACGCCGAUCGCUGGAAGCGCACGAGAUGAGAGAGCGGGAGCGAUCACCUCGUGUCGAACAAAGCACGAUCGCCGCCGCCGUCGGUGACGAUCGUUCUGACCACACUACCACCGUCACCACCACUACUACUACCAGUACUAGUGAUGCUGCUACAAAUACUACUGCCACUGGCGAUGAACGGCGCGCGCUGAAGAAAGAACUCGCUGAGUCACAGCUCGAGUUGCAGCAGGUCACCGGUGAGACGUUGGCGCUUCGGCAGGAGCUCGCUCAGUUGCGGACGCAGCUUCACUCGCUGCAGGACGAAGCGCUCGCCGAGAGCAGUCGACAGAACGGUGCGAUCCGCGCACUGAAGGCGCAGCUGGCCGAAGCGCAGUUCCAUCUGCAGAUCGCCCAAGCCGAGGCUCUCUCCCUCCAGACCGACGUCGGGCAGCUCCGGACCCAGGUCCAAACGCUCAAGGACGUCAUCAAGGCCGGCAAAGAGAUCAUCGCGAUCCGCGAGGAUCAGGUCGAGCAGCUGAAAGGGAAGCUGCGCCAGAUCGAGGACACGCUACAGGAGCGCGAGCUGCAGAUUAUGUCCGACGAUUUGCGUCGGGAGUAUGACAGACAGCUGACAAACAUUCGUAACCUGCGUGAUCUGUACGAGGAGCGCGAGCGCGUCUCGAGGAUGGAGCGCGACAACUUGCUGCGCCAAUUGGACCUGAAGAAGAACGAGCUGGCGACCGAGCAGGAAAGGAACAAAAACUUGGAAGCACUGGUGGAAAGUUUGCAGUCCGAUCUGACCUGCCUGCGGGCCGAGCGGGAGCAAACGGACGAGAAGCUGUCCCACUCCCAGGCGCAGACGAAGCAGCUGCAGCUGGAGAUGGGUGUCGUAAACCAGUUCAUCUCCAAGUUCCUGCUCGGCAUGAGCCGCAAGCCGACGGUCAACGAGAUCAACAUUGACAAGCUGGCGGCCGUGCUGGAGGAGAACCGGGCGCUGCUGAUCGAGAUGACCAAGGAUGAGGCGGAAACCGUCGACACCGGGGCCUUCCUGCCGCGGGCCCUCUACGAUCUGAUAGCGGAGGUGGACGAGGCAAACGGGCCGCCCGUGGAGUCCGAGAUGCCCGACGCACCCCCGAAAGAGGACGCGCCGGUCGAGGCGGAUAGUGAGGGUAGCGGCGGCGAGGACGCCGAGUUUACCGACGUGCAGAAGGCUUCGCCGGAACAGAUUGCUGACAAGUUGCCAAAAGUGUGGCGUGUGCUGAUUGAGUUGGUGAAUCACCAGGAACGGGCCCAGCCCGUGCCGUUUGUGGAGGGUGGCGAAAGUGAGGAGUGCCUUCAGUCGGUGCAGACACGCAACGGGCCCAAAACGGUCGUCAGCGUGAGCAAAACGUACAUCAAGCUGAAGGACCUGAUACUGGAGAAGAAGGCCCUCAAGAGGGAAACGAACCGGCUGAAAACGUUAAACGUACACCUGGAGCGGCGGCUGGAAACGCAGGAGAAGCGCCUGAGUGUCGUGAGCCUUGAGUUGACGAAAACUUGGCAUCUGGUGGGGAAAAUGCAGCGCCAGCAUCGUCAACUCCACACUCAGGAGCAAAUCUUGCGCUACCAUCUGCAGCAAAAGCGCCGACUGCUGUGCGAGCUAAAGGAGGAACUGGAGUACUGCCGGCUGAAAUGGUCGGCCGCGCGCCAGAAGAACAUCGAGUCCGAGGACCAAUGGCGGUCGCUGAAGGCGGACUUUGCCGCGCGCCGUAAACAGGACUCGCUGAACAACUCGGCGGGCGAGAGCGGGUACAGCGACGAGCAGCCGUCGGACGAUGACGACGAUGGCAGAGCGGGCCGGAAGGCGGCCUUUUCGACUGGUGGGUUACCGGUGGCCGGAUGUAGCGGGCUGAGCUCGCUGGUUCCCGCCGGGGCCUCGGCAAUCUCGGUGAUGCGGUUCGAGCGCCAGUUCCUCAGCAGCUCGCUAACGAACAUCUACCAAGCGAUUAGCACGCUGCGGAAGGUGCACAGCGAGUCCGAUAUGAAGUCGCUCGAGAACGUCGAGCGGGCAAAUCGGUUUUGUAAUGAAAAAAUCGAAGAAUUGCCUCCAUUUCCCGACGACGACGACGACGACGAUGACGACGACGUUCACGCGGAAACUUCCGGGCUUCCGGACGCUGCUGUACUGCGGAAGGCGAACCCGGUUCCUACAUCGUCGAACACACCACCACCGACGACGACGGCGACGACGGCGAGAACGACGGGCAAGCGGGGCAGGAAGAAGCGUAAAAACACGAGUGGCCCCGAAACGGCGCAGGACAUGUUUUUGCGGCUGAUGAAUCUCGGGCACCCAGAGUUGCCGGACGAGCAAGCGCAGGACCAGGAGCAGGAAGACGACGAGACGGAGGAGGGCACGGGAAAUGAUAAUGCCGAGGGCGAGUAUAGCGUCAACGAAAGUGCAAGUGAGCUGAGCGAAGAAGAGCUGGAGGGCGCCGAAGUGGCCCGUGCGCCGGAACCGGAGGAACUGUCGAGCGAGGAGCUGUUCCAGCAGAAACGGGAAGCACGUUUGCAGCGCAUGGCGGAACUGAAUUCCCGUCUGGACCAAUACUCCGCGCCGACGACGUCGGACCCGAAGGUCGCCGGUGGUGAGCGUAGCGAGCAGACCACCACGGACCAACAGCUGAGGACAGCACCGGACGGGCAGGAAGCUGCGUUGAGUGAGGACGAAGAGAAGUAUCUUCAAAGACGUGCCGCACGCUUGGAACGGCUCGAGCGGGAAGCGCAGGAGUUCCGCAAUCGGCUUUCGAAAACGGUAAACCGAGGGACGGAGAUAGCGGCCCAGAUCGAUGAGAUUCACAGUGGGUUUAUGGCCCGGCAAGCCGAGUCCGGCUCGCCCGUGCCAGGUUCCUCCGGUCUGAGCUCCACCGCCAGUGGGUCAGGUCUUUCCCAGGCGCGGAAGCACCCCCUUUUGGAACCUCUUCCGACCGUAGAUCUGUCCUGCUUGACCGAUAAGGAGCGCGAGUACACUUCGGCCCGGUCGGAGCGGUUGGCGCGGCUCGAGGAUGACAGCCAGAGUCUGCUGCGGCAGAUGAACCAGACCAUGCGUAGGGGAUCGAGCCUGACAACAAAGCUUGACAUGCUGCACUCGCGCUACGCUGCGCCAGCCGAGGCUCCCGCCGCGGACAGCAAUCCAUCGUCCGAUUGUGCACCGGACAAGACCAACAAUGACAGCGAAUCGCAGGAAUCGGUCGAAUGCUGCCCCGCGUUGGACUUGACGUCCGUGACGUCAGAAGACGGUGGCACCGUAGAUGAAGCCCUGCUACCCGGACCGUAUUCUCCCAUGGGCCCACUGGAGCUGGUACUGGUAUCGGACGACGAUGACGAAGGCCCGGAGAUGGUCGCAGGUCCGGGCUCAAGUUCACAGCCCGAGGGCGAUACGCAACCCCAGUGAGCGUACCGAGCGGCCCGAUUUAAACCUACCUCGUACCGGAAAAAGACACCAACUACACCCCCGGGUGUACCGGGGUUGGCCCCCACCAACUACCGGGCAGCACCCGGACCCGUAGCGUAACGAAAGGGGUUUCCAUUACUUCCCGAGCAGCGGUAGACGCCCGCAAGGCACUCACUGCUCUGGUGUUCCGACGAUGGCGUCCGUGGUUGGCGUUGGUUGCCGUACGAAAAUAAGAUUAAAUUAAGAUAAUUAACUCCACAUCAAAUAAACCACAUGUAUUAC